UCUGACCGAACCAAGCUCGACUUCAAGAUUCUAGCUUGAAACGAACUCGAGAUAUAUAUUUGGGCUAAAUGACUGAAAGGUUUCGCGUGGCACCGGUAAAGCGACGGUCCAAAUCGCAUACAUUUGGACGAUCGAGAGCGAUGGUAUGGCAAUUCUGAACCCAUCAUCAUCUUCGUCGUUGUCUCGUUGAUAAGAUCCGCUCUCAUCGUUUACGGCAUUGACAGAAACAUGUGUAGUUCAGAAAUGCAGACACCCCUUCGGCCCUUCUCCUCGUCACCCUAUUUCAACAAAGUUUUACAGAAGCUCUCUUCACUAGCAAUUCCACGUACUGGAGAGUGGAGAUCGAGAAAGUACACUCUGUGAGCAGAGAAAAACAGAGUGCAAGAAAGAAACUUGACGUCCUAACCAUGGCAACCAUACAUGUAUGUAGCGAAAGCCGCUCUCCUCAAAGCUUCAAGGCCGGAGAACCCUUCUGUUUCUUUUCGAUCUCUUCCAACCCGUAAAUUCUCGAGGGCGCUUCUGCUACCAAUCACCCAAAGCCAAAGCGGAUGAAAUGAGAGAAUCAGGUUUUAAAUACAUGGCCAACAAAGGCAACAGAUCCACGAGGGAAGCAGGGAACAACAAUCUCGGCAUGGACAAAGCAAAGGAGUAGUACACAAAUGAGAUGAAAGACACAGCGAGUGGUAAUUGCUGGGAGCAAGGAAGGAACGGAGAGGACGACGGGAACUGCGCAGGACAUGACGAACAACCGGGYAGCGGGAACUACAGAGGAGGUUACGAUUUACGAACAAGGCGGCGAUAAUAUGGGGUCGAUGGCCGAUAAGGCGAGGCAAACCAUGUUCCAUGUAGCCUGUAGGGUGCAUAGGAAGCGGCCAAGGAGACGAGACGACCUAGAAGAUCAGUCGGGGCUUGUGGAUCCUUCAGAAUUGGAAUGAACGGACGGUCCAGAUUGAUUCAAAAGGACGUGUUAAUGGUUGUCUGUAUUUUAGCACGUUGGUUGAUGGGGUUGCGUGAAAGUACAGGUGUCUGUCUCUCUCUGAGUCUGAGUGCGAGGACACACACUGAUAGGAAAAGCUGAUAACGGCGAGAGGAGUGAAGCCCGGCAUCUAGUCCUUAUGGCCGUUGACAGAGGUACCUUUGAAACCCUAGCUCCUUCCCGUUUCAUUUGCUUCUCUAUCCCAAACCCCCUUYCGACCAGAACUGUACAUAGUCUCUAUGGCGACUUUCUACGAAUUGCCGUCCUCGAUUCCCCUGUACAAAUCCCCGGUUCACCUCAAAUUGCCGCGAUGCUAGUUCCGAAGGAUCGCGAGGAAGAUUGGAUCUUCUCUACCGAGACAGGUCACCUCCAACUCCUCCUUAGCUGCCCUGGAAUUUCUCGUUUAAUACUCGCCGGAAAUCCUCCUUGCGGCGGCGAUUAUUUUCCUCCGGGUUACAACCGUCCGGCAUGUGACCUUACAAAAUAUCGGGCGAAAUUCGAGGAGAGUUUAACUCCGCUUCUCCUCGCCUUAUCGCCCAAGGCAUGCUUUAUAAAUUGUCUCCCUCAAAUACCAUUUGUAGCGUAUGAAGAUAACGUUAUUCGUAGCUUACUGGUCGAGAGAUGCGUUGGCUGUUGUGCCGGCGAAAUGUUAGUUGAAGACGUUGAAAUUGAACACCGCGAUGUGUCGGAUAGGUCACCGACGCGAGAGUUUCGGAGGAGAUUGCGUUUUAAACGAAUACCGAAUUUGAUACAAACCGAAGUACGGAUCACUCCCGAUCCGGAAGCUGAUUCUACUAAUAUCGGCUUGGAUGAAGUAAAGUUUCGUCCAGAAACCGGUAUUUUGGUUCAUCCUUACCUGGCCCCAAUGGUGGCAAGUCUAUCUUUGAUUGCUCCAUAUCUUGAGGAGCGUGUUCAGUCGGGCUCCAAGCCUCGGGUUCUCUGUGUUGGUGUAGGGGGUGGGGCCUUACUUACAUUCUUGAAUACCCAUUUCGGGUUUGAAGUAAUGGGGGUGGAGGCGGAUGAAACGGUUCUGAGAAUUGCAAGGCAACACUUUGGGUUAGUGGAUGGUGAAUUCCUCCGGGUUCAUGUGGGAGAUGGAAUUGAAGUCAUGGAGAAAUUUGCCUGCCAAGUUGUCCAUCAGAAUUCAGGUUCUGCUGCUAUGGUUGAUAUACAAAGUGAUCAAUGCUUGGAUAUUUUUGAUGGGCGUUAUACUUUAAUGGAUGUAAUUAUGGUUGAUCUGGAUUCAAGUGACAUAAAAAAUGGCAUUACUGCCCCACCAUUGCAAUUUGUAGGAAAGAAGGUUCUUUUGGCUGUUAAAUCAAUUCUUCACAAGCUUGGUAUUCUUGUGAUAAAUGUGAUUCCUYCGUCUAGACCGUUCUAUGACUGGUUGGUCCAUGAAUUUCGGGAGAUUUUCGCAGAAUUGUAUGAAAUAGAUGUUGGUAAUGGUGAAAAUUAUGUUCUAAUUGCUGCUGCCUCGCCUAUUGGUAUUGUUAUGAAAGGCCAGGGAGAUCUCAUUCUUAAGAAGUUGAAGCUGGUCCUUGCAGGAGCAUACAUGGAUUCUAUAAAGAAAAUAUGAAGGUCAAUUAUCUGUGGAACUGUGAGUUCCUAUCUUGCCUAUUGGGAUUGUUUUGAAAGGCUAGGGGGUUUGUUAAGAAGUUGAAGACAGUCAUUGAAGGAAAUUGCAUGGUUUUUAUAAGGAAAAUAUGAAGGACAAUUAUCAAUAGAACCUUGGUGCAUGGUUUUCAUUGCAGAAAAUGCUGCACUCAGAGUCAGGAAGCAGGAGAUAGUGAACCAACAGAAGGUGUUUACUUGAGAUUCAAAAAAUCUUAGUGCACUUGUUUCGCAUGAGACACAAUCUGAAGUGGAAGAAGAGAUCGUUCUCUCUGGCUCAAUGUUUUGGUUUCUUUUUCAAGGUUUGGUUAAUUGUCUUUAUUCAAAACCCAGCAGAAGGUGGUGCCCAGGAUGUGGAGGGAGAUGAACAUCUCCAGUCAGUAGUUCAAUGCAUGCUAUGGGUAUCGUUUCAUUGCAAAAUAUCUCUUCAUAUGCAUGAAUCUGCCAGGUAAUGCUUAGUAUUUUGUAAUUCAUUUCAUUUAUUAUUUCUUAGAUUGUCCUUGCAUGGGGAUAUUCCAAGAUAAACAUACUUCAAGAUUUAGACAUCUAGACCCUAUGUACGUUUGUACCAUAAGGCAAUCUUAACCUAUAUGAACAAUUUCAGUUUCUAAA